AUGAAACACUUAGCUUGGAACUGCCGAGGGCUUGGGAACCCUCGGACAGUUCGUGAGCUUCACCUUCUGGUGAAGGAGAAGAGCCCUGGCAUAAUCUUCCUUAAUGAAACUAAAUGCAGGAGAGAGAGGAUUGAAAAGUGCUCAGACCAUAACCCAAUCUUAAUCCAAUGUGUUAAUUUUGAUCAAGAAGUAGUUCCAAAGAGAAAGAUGUUCAGAUAUGAAGUGGCUUGGGGCAAUAGAGAAGGUUGUAAGGAUCUUAUUAAAGAAGUGUGGAGCCAAAGAUAUUUUAAGGGGACUAAACUUAAAGACACUCGAGCAGGGUUGGAGGGUUGUAGAAAAAAACUUCAAUCAUGGAGUAAGAAGGCAUUCAGAACUCAGAAGAGAUUGCUUGACCAGAAGAGAGAAAGACUCAGAAGACUUCAAGACUCUAACACAGGCCAGUUUAGUUGCCUAAUUAAAAUAAUACAAAAGGAAAUAGAUGAGCUUCUUGAAGAGGAAGAACUCAAGUGGAGGCAAAGAACAAAACAAAGGUGGCUUAGGGAUGGGGACAGGAAUACCAAGUACUUCCAUAGGUGUGCUACUCAUAGGAAGCAGAUGAAUUCAAUCAAAGUAGUUACCAGUGAGGAAGGUGUUAGAGAGCAUAGCCAAGAAGGUAUAGCCAGGGUCUUUCAAGCUUUCUACCAAGUACUCUUUUCUACAUCCCAUCCAGAGAAUAUUGAUGAAGCCUUACAGUCUGUUCAACCGUGUGUAAGUGAAGAUAUGAACUUUUGGCUUACUAAGGCUUUCACUGAAGAAGAAGUGACAGCAGCAAUUAAAGGCAUGAACCCCCUUGGCUCUCCUGGCCCGGAUGGUUUCCCAGCUGUUUUUUAUCAACAACACUGGUGCACAGUUGGGAAGAGAGUUACAGAAGUAGUCCUUGAAGCACUGAAUAGCAGGCAAGGCCUCAGUGACCUAAACCAAACUUUCAUCUCUCUAAUACCAAAGAAGAAGCUCCCCCAAUCUGUUGUUGAUUUUAGGCCCAUCAGCUUGUGUAAUGUCCCCUAUAAAGUUGUCUCCAAAGUAAUAGCAAACAGGCUCAAAACCAUCCUAUCAAACCUGAUUUCAUCAUCUCAAAGUGCUUUUGUCCUAGGGAGGUCCAAGCCAGAAGAAUGGAGUAGGCUUCGACAAUUACUAAGCAGUUAUGAAGAAGCCAUUGGUCAAAGGCUCAAUAUAGAGAAGGCUUCCAUAUUCUUCAGCAGAAACACUAGGAGAGAGGUUCAGCAGUCUAUCCUUCAGCAAGCAGGGCUCAGGGCUCAUGGUCCUUUUGAUAAGUAUUUGGGACUCCCUUCUUAUAUUGGGAAGCAAAGAACUAAAGCAUUCAGUUUAGUUGUGGAUAGGAUCAAGUCUAAAAUGGCUAGCUGGAAGACUAAAGUGCUUUCCCAAGGUGGAAAGGAAAUACUGCUGAAAUUUGUAUUGCAAUCAAUCCCCACGUAUAGCAUGGGAAUUUUUAAACUCCCUAAGUCAAUUGUUAAGAAUCUCAACAAGUUAUUACAGUCCUUUUGGUGGGCUCAAACAGAUAGCAAGUCAAAAGUUCACUGGUUGAGUUGGCAGACAAUGGGAAAACCCAAGGAUCAGGGGGGCUUGGGGUUUAGAGACUUUGAGUUUUUCAAUCUAGCACUGUUGGCUAAACAAGGGUGGAGAAUCAUUCAAAACCUUACCUCUGUUGCACCUCAGGUACUGAAGGCCAAGUAUUUUUCAGGUUCUAGUUUUCUCUCAGCAAAAGGAAAAGCAAGCGACUCCUUUGUGUGGAGAAGUUUCCUCUCUGCAAGGCACGUACUUAUGGAGGGAAUGCUGUGGAGAGUUGGUGAUGGAACCCAGAUAAAAGUUUGGAAAGAUAAGUGGCUUCCAAGUCCUUCUACCUUUAAAGUGCAAUCACCUGUAAGAAUUCUGAAUGCAGAGGCAACAGUAGCAGAACUCAUAAAUCCAGACAUUAGGAAGUGGAACUUAAAUCUUAUCCAUGCCAUUUUCUCAAAACCUGAGGCCAAGGUAAUCAGCAAAAUGACUAUUAGCCAGUGUGGUAGUCAGGAUGUGCAGACGUGGAGGUGUUCAGAAAAUGGGAAAUUCACUAUUAGAAGUGCAUACCAUCUACAAGGAACAAUGGAGGAAGGUAGGAAGGGGCAGUGCUCAAGUUUGAAUCAAGUGUCGAAGACCUGGAGGAAAAUGUGGAGCUUGCAAGCACCUCAUGCCACGAAGUCCUUUCUGUGGAGAGCAGCUAAGGAGUCCCUUCCCACGUGUUUGAACUUGUAUAACAGAAAGAUAGUUGAUUCUCCCUUCUGUCCAAUCUGCUCCAGUGCUCCUGAGUCAAUUACUCAUGCCAUUUGGUCAUGCUCAGCUGCGCAAGAUGUUUGGUCUAUGAGUUCUAGAAGAAUACAGAAACUAAAUGUUCAAAGUGGCCCCUUUUUAGAGGUUCUGAAACCUAUGUUAGAGAAUCUCUCCUCCCAUGAGCUAACAGAAGUGGCAGUUACAGCAAGAGCUCUAUGGAAUAGGAGGAAUCUGUGGCUGUUUGAGCAAUUAUUUCACUCACCCUUCCAGGUCUCUAAGCAGAUCCACACAGAGUUGACAGCAAUUAAUCAGUGGACAAAUACCAGGGACAAAGCUUCUGUGACUCAGGUGAUAAGCAGGACUGAGUGGACUGCCCCUGCACCAAGUUUCUACAAGGCUAAUUGGGAUGCAGCAGUGAAUAAAGAGAACUCCAAGAUUGGUGUGGGAGUGGUUGUAAGAGAUUCGAGUGAUCCUUUGCUGGGGGAAGCAGUAGCAACUCUUAAAGCAUCUACACUUUGCUUUGAUAUAGGAUUGAAUCAGGUCAUGUUAGAAGGAGAUUCAUCAGCAGUGGUUCAAGUUGUCCAAUGCAGAGAUGAGUGCUGA